AUGAAACUUUACAUUUUUUUUUCGGUGUUUGCGGCUUUUUUGGCGAUUUCUUGUGCUUUGAAAGACGAGAUUUGUGGGCAACCCCAUUCCCUAAAUGGCGAUGGACGAAUUUCCUGUGAGGCUUAUUUCCCCAACUAUUCGUACGAUUCUGCUAAAAAAGAAUGCGUCUUUUUUGUUUACGGUGGCUGUGGAGGAAACGAAAACAGAUUUGUCUCUAAGGAAGCUUGUGAGGAGAAGUGUCUGGAAUAAAAUAACAUAAUAAUCAA